GUAAAGCAGCGCGUAGUUGCUUUACCUGUCCGAAUUCAAGAUCGAUUGACCAAGAAGAGCGAAUGGAAAAAGUAUGAUUAAGUCGGACGAGCAAAGAACUACUUCUACGUGUUGCCGACUAGUACCGAGGACCUUUGGAGGUGUCUGUCGCGACAGUUGUACAGCACUUUGCAAAGAAGAAUAAGAUUUUUGCGAAAAAGAACACUACAGAAACAGAAUGUUCCGGGGUUCCCGCGGCCCCGGUGCGCGUGGGGCGAACCACCUGCUCCGCCUAAACUUCGACGGAGAUAAUGAAAAUCCUGACCAGCGAGGUCCACCCGCCAAGGAACACCAGAACCUCAUGCUGAGCACCGUUCCGGAGGAGCCGGAUCUGACCGGCUGCGGGUCUCCGUCCCACCGCAUGAACUACAUGGACGCGAUGCCUAGUCCGACGAGAAAUCGCAAUGCCGAGAAAUUCGAGCAACAAGCUGCGACGAGCACUUCGAGUAGUUCGAGCAGCAAGCCGAAGAACAUUCGAUCGAAUUCGAAUUCUGUCAAGGGUGGUUUGCUGCAGAAAAAGCCACCGGGCGUAGUCCUCGGAGGUAUGAGCAGAACUACUACCGCUUCGACAGGAGCGGCCACGCUGUUCUACUCGGACCAGAACGCGGACCUCGUUGGGCCGCCUGGUCCUGAAACGCAAUCUUCCGAGCACGAGACCUACUCGGACGACUUCGAGAGCAACACGUCGACGACCAUGAACACGAAUCAAAGGGGCGAAAAUAACGACACCUUCUCCGAGCGGGUACGGCUAGCGGCGGGGUCGGAGUCCGGUCACAUGCACCGCUUCGGCAUGGAAAAUAACUUCUCCAGAGGCAACGGUGCUCCUGGUCGCUAUGAAGACGUCUCCUACCCUCUACGAAACAGCGACAGGGACAGUGGCGGUUUCGGAUCAUACAGCAAUAAUUAUCCACAACACGACGCUGCAGCAGGUGCUGUCGCUUCAUCAGGUGAAGGUGUUCCCUCGUCGUCCGGAAAUAAGAUCCUGUACCCAAAUGCCUACAUGAACACGAACACGAGCAGUAGUUCUACUACUCGUAAUAUGCAUCAAAUGCAUCAACCACAGCAACAACACGGUCAACAACAGCUCCCACCGAUGUUGACGACAAGCACGAAUUAUAACUCGUCUCCACAUCGUCCUGCCGGCGGGGUGAUCGACGCGGUGCGGCAACGGCGGCUGACCGGACGUUUUCCGGUCUCUGCAGAAGAAGCGGAGCAGGAGAACCGAGCCAGAGAGGGGAUGGACCGUCUCAGUCCGGACAUUUCUAAUCCUGGUGCGCGGAGUUAUCCGAAUCAACAAAACUAUCACGACGUAGACCCGGGUCCUCCGAUUCCGAACCGGGGGCCGAGUUUCGGACCCAUGACGCACCUCGACGAAAUGUUCAAACUCAGUAGCGAAGAGGAGAUGCUCCUGCAGCCACGACAAGAAGAACAGGAAAAUUUUAAACGACAACAAGCUUCAUCAACAUCCUCAGCCGAAGGAGCUGCACAACAGCUGGAUGACUCGCAGCACGGCAUUGAGAUGAGCCGGUUCUGGAUCAAUAUGGCGGACAAGUUGGAGAGAGAGAAGCAGUUUUUUGUGCAGAACGAGCAGUUUGAACCGGCGCUGCAGAAGCACCGCGAGCUGAUGGGACUCAAGAUUGCCCGGGAAGAAUUCUCGCGCCGCCACGGCGCGUUGUCCGGGCACCGAUCGCGGUUGCGGAACGAGCUAUUGCAAAUGAUCGAACAGGAACGGUACCAGACCUGCAUCCGUUUGAAGCGGAACGAAACCGAGCUGGAGCACUCGCUGGAGGAACUGCGACUAGCGGAGACGGAGUGGCGGAAGCGGGUAGAGGGGAAUUUCCGCCUGCUGGCCGCGAUCGAGCGCAAUCCCGCGAAGAUGCUGCCGCCGAUGAGUCUCCCGGGGUUUUUACUGUCGGCAGGCAGUGGAGGACGUGGAGGAGAGGGCGCGAACAACAGCAGCAGCGACGAACAGUACUACGACGAGAACGACUCCACCAGCUUUUCCGGGGUGGAGCACGAUUACAGUUACGGCGGAACCACGACAGCAGCAAGUCCGGAGGAUUUUGGCGGUCGGGGAAGUUUUCCCGCAGCGGCGCAGCAUCUGCGAAAGCAACCGGUCGGGCGAAGUGGCGGUGGUGGGCAGCAUAGACCUCCGACCAAGGGAGCUACAACAGCAGCUUCGAAUUAUCACAAACGCGCGACAUCAAACUCUGCAAGCGCGAAUCGAACGACGAGGAGUAGAAAUGGUGGCCUCUCUACUACCGCGUCGGUGUCGCAACGGAUGUCGUACGUUUCGACCGCUUUGGAGGAAGACUCGGACUCGGAGGAGCAAGAAUUUUACUACAACGACAACACCGUCAGCUCUGCGAGCCAGUUCGUCUACACAAACAUGCACACAAAUAGUAACCGAAACGCAAUAUCCACUGGUGGAGCACCUCCGCUCGUUACGAGGCCGCGUCCUGCGACGGCCGGGCCGCGGGGGAGGGAAGACCGGCGCACCGAAACUGCAAAUUCGAAUUCCAACGUUCCGCCAGUCGCGGCGCCACGACAGCGGCCGCAGAGCGCGAGAGCUGCCAGCCAGGAUUCCCGACCGCGCAGUUCCUCCGCGAGGGUUCUGGAUCACGCGAGCACGACUUUGUCCGAGCUGUUCAGCACGACCACGAAAAACACGGCUAGCACCUACCGCGUUACGCGCCCGGGGUCCGCGAAGGCCUACCCGGCCUACGAGCAGGUGCGGAGCUCCGUCGGGAGCAAGCGGAAGCAGUCGCUGGAGCGCACGCGGCUGGCCGCGUCGGCGCUCGCGGCUCAGCAGAUCAAGCACUUUGACCGGUUCCAGCAGAAGCAGGCCCGGGCCGACCGGGAACGGAGCAACUCGCUGCGCCGGCAGGCGGACUGGAACGCCAGCCAGUACGUGGAGCGGGGCCCGAGUCCGACGACGCGGGUGUACAUGAACGGGCAGAUCGCGGAGAAGCAGCGGAUUCUAGACAAAGAACAGCAAGCCGUGGCGGAGAUCUCCGUCAUGCGGUCACGACAAUCGCUUUACAACGACAGUUUUUAUCAACAAAAGCAUCCUGGCUCCACCCGCACUACGCCCCGAGGAGGAGUUGGUUCCUCGUCGCGGCCGGGGUCCGCGCCAGCACACAGAAUCAUGAUCGGGUCCUCGUCUUCAUCGCAGCUACACUCGGCUAGCAAGAUUUCCCUCUUCUCCAACCGCGGCAUGACAAGCCGUUCGAAGGGCAGGGUGUACGUGCCCCGACCUAAAUAUGACCACGUGAAGUCCCGCCUGUACCAGCCGACCGCGGCGUUUCUGUCCAUGGAGGCGCAGAACAAGGGCUAUCAAUUAGUGCCGAAACAGGAGAAACGGAAAACCAGAGAGCAGAUUCUGUUGGACAAGCUCCCAAGUAAGACGCACCACGACAAGAGCUUUUCCGAGACGAAUGGGCUGCUGAAGCAGUGGAAAGGCGUGAAUCCGGUGAUCGACGAGAUUCUGAACAAAGACUCCUUCUACCCGCGCACGAACCAAUCCAGAUCUCCCUCGCCCCGCAUGCUGCUGGAAGUCGGGCCGCCGCCCCUCAACGGCGGGAAAAUAGCGAACGGGGGUCAACAGCAGGGGAGCGCCAACAAGUUCAGCACCCGACCGAGAAGGAAGCGACCAGUUUUGGGUGGUGGUGCGCAAAACAACAACUACAACGCGGCGAUGAUGACCCAGAAAUUACCCCUGCCGGCGCAAGAACUACCAGCUCCGUUCGCCCAGCGAUUGCCCGCUGCAGGAGCCGACGAACUCGACACCGCGCAACCGAGUCCCGCCACCACGAUUGUCAGCGUGGCGACGCCUGAUUUCGUUGCGGCACCGAAACCGAUCUUUCCACAGAGUGUUGCUGAAGAACAGGCUGUUUCUGUGCAACAAGAGGAUGUUAAAAAAGCAGUUAUCCCGCUCGACCAGGACAAGUCCUCCUCUUCCGAUGACGAGGAAACGAAUGCGCAACAACUGGAGCUAAACCCGAUGGCGAGCGACACCGCCUCCCUCCGCCUCGCGAUCAAAAAGUUGAAGUUGUGGAAAAAAUUGUCCAAAGCGACGAUAGGAGGGACAUACACCUUGAAACAGGACGUUGAGAAACCGUUAUUCCCCUUCUUCCUCCGCACUUUGCGUGCGUUGCACAAUUUACAAAACUCUUCCUUCAACACCCGGAUGCUGUCCGAAGCGGAAUUAGGGUCAAAAUCCGAACAGGAAAACUUCGCCGAGGGGGUGCUCGCGACUAUCGCAUUGUUUCAAAACUGGGGGAGUUCUGUACGGAAGACGUUACUGCCCAGUUCGACACAACUCGUCACGGGGGAGAACCUGCCGGAGCCGCGGACGCGGCGGGCGCUGAUGGCGUUAUUGUGCAUCGCGGACAUGGAAUCGGUGGUGGAGAUGUUCUUUCCACACAACGAGGACACUAACGGGAGUUCCGUUCCUAGUGGUAGUCGUGACUUGUCCGAAGCCAAAAUCCUAAAUCCCUCGCAGCAGAUCAAGCGGGCCUGUUACGAGCUGUUCUACGAACUAGACUACGACGCGGCGAAGAGUUUGCUGAGGGUGGAGGAAAGCGAGAAAAUCAAUUCAACAGUUUUCUGGCUCGGUGUCGACGCGGUGCUGCAACUGAACCACGUGGAGUCUUCCUCAUCCGCUGUGGCGUAUGACAGAGAGUGGAUGCUUUUGCUCGUCCGCGCACACUGUGAGAAGAUGGAGGUGGGGAGAAUCCGGGAGUUGUUUCAGAUUUCCUCUUCUAGAGAACAAGCAGCAGCUCUCGCGGAUCAAAAGCAGCAUUCUGGUCCGUCAAUCCAUUCUUUGUCCAGUGCCUCGUUGGAGCAGGUGAGCUCCCCGGUGCCGAUUUUCGCCGCGGAGGGAAAGAAGGUGCCGAGUUCCGUGGUGUCGGUUGUGGAGUCAGAGGUUAUUGUCGUGUCUGGCUCAGCGGGCGGGACAAACACGGGCACGGAAAGCGAGGAGCAACUGUGGGGGAACAUCAAAUUGGCGAACAAAGAUAAAAAUAUCGUUGCAGCUCCGGUAAAACAGCCCAGCCCCGCAGACAGUGAGCAGAGCUUCGAAACCAGGGCGAAGACGUUUGGGGAACAGAAGGGCGUUGUUGGGUCGGUGCAGAGAGAAGAGGACUUGCAUGACCACGACGGUGAUUUUGACAAAAAAAGCAAUUACGAGGAGGACGCGUUUGAAACGGCGUCGAACGGGGAGCAAAAUGAUAAAGUAGAAGCCUUCAGCGAACCUCCGGGAACAUCAUCGAGUAAGAACAGUGCGGACCACUUGAAGAUACUACGGCCAGAACCAAGUACUCUUCAAAACGAGUCAGAAGAUCCAAAACGACCCGGCGAGGAAGCAGAAGCAGAUGAACCCGUAUCCGAACAAAAUUUCCCCAUGUUUCACUCCGACACGGAUCGCGGUACCAUAUCUUCGAAAAAUUCCAGCAAAGAAACGCCACUGGUGAACCUUUUGCAACCUCCAGGAGCUGCUGCGCCACUUUCUCAGCAAGAAGACGAUGACGAGCCGGACAUUGUGGCCACCAACUUCGACGCGGAUGAAUCACUGAUGCGGACGGAGGGCGGCAAAGCGUUUUCCUCUUCAAACGCCCCGUCCUCUGUGGAAGAGGAGCCACAAGCCGCAGCGGAGUAUCCGGGGACUGCGGAGGAGGAGGCGGUGGAAACAAAGCCGGUUGUAGUUCAACAUCAAGUCGCUCCUGUACAACAACAACCGCAAAAAAUCAAAGAAGUGUUUUCCGACGCUGGGUCGAGUAACCUCCCCGGGUUUAAAAGCUCCUCGGCGAGAAGUGAAAAUGAUGAAAACGAUAACGAUGAUGUUGAAAGAGGAGGAAGCCAAACGAAAACCGGCUCCCCCGGUGCAAAUUUCCUGAACAUGCUGAACACCGCCGGAGAACAAGAAGAGACCACGCAAAAUACACAUCAGUACACAAAUAAAGCGGAUGACCCGGAAAAAGACAACUUCGAAACAUUGGGGUCGCAGUUUGGACGAGCGCACGAGGAUAUGGAUUGUAAAAAUGUCUGGGUCUGGAAGAAUGCAACUUGUCAUGCUAAAUCUGAAUCAUGUAAAAAUCUGUGCUGCAUGAUUACCAAAAGCUGUCCACUUUUGACCUAGUCGAGAGGCAGUUUCUCAUGCAGGGUAGGCAUGAUAGAUAGAUCUCUCACGGAAUCUGUCAUGCUCUGUCCUACAUGCCAGACCUCAGGGGUCAUGGAAAAUAUGCAUGACAAACCCGGCAUUAUUCCAGACCCAGACAUUUUUGCAUUUGAUAGAGGAGAGCAAGCGAUCGUCUGGUAGGUCCGGAUCCUACGACGAAGACGAUUUUCACAGCGACGCGCUGCCGCUACCAGGUGGGUCUUCGGAACAGGAGGAAGCCUCGGAAGAAAAACCAGCAUCGGCAGGUGCGGCAGAGGAAGAAGCUGCAGCUCCGAGGGGGGAGGUACAGUUGAUGUAGGGUUUUUUUAUUCUAUUUACGGCACCGUCGCUGACUCGUAACGCUUUCGCUUUCCGAGUUUUAUUUGGGUUUGUCCGAAUAAAUAUCUGUACCUCUUCGUCGCAAACGCAAACGCCAAUGCUUUCUGUUUGUUCUGCAUGCACAAUCAGCUUGGAGCAACAUGGCCUGUAAAAUUAUCAGGUUGAAGUCCGGGGCAGUAUGCAAGUUCCAGAAGACGAGCAAUCCGCGUCCGCCAGUAAGGAGAGCGUGAGCAGCAGCCUGUUUGGCCCGUCGUCUUCCGAAGCUGCUGGGGUUGAGCGGUUUGACCAGAAUACUACCCAAGGACAACAAGAAGGUGGAACACCAGCACCAGAGGAGCAACGCGAGACGAGUCCAACACGAGCAGAAUCUACUUCACAGAAUGACCCUUCGUCGACAACAUCAUUGAACGAAGCGUUCAUCCCGUCGCUAGAGUUGUCCCCCCAAGCAGCGCUUCGGGAGAUCAUGAACUCCUCCGCGAUUCAGUCGUCCCUAAAAAUCAACUACUUGUCCGAGUGGAAAAACCGGAAAAGCAGUGUGACAGAGGAAGAAACGUUAAGGCCGAGAGAGAAUUCUAUUUAUUCGGAGGAUACAGGACCAGCGCCACUCGUGCGACCGCCAACUUUUGCUUCCUCUUCUUCCAAUGUUAACACUGGGGAGGGCAUGAUGAACACUACCGCCACACCAAGCACAAGCCUCCCGAUCGGCGGGCUCGGGCCCUACCAAUCCGCAGCGCCAGCAAACACAGUGUACCCCCAGAUGAUGAUGAUGAACAAUAAUUCUGCUGACAACAAUUUUUCCGCGAAAGCCGCCGCCCCCCAGCAGCCCACGGUCCGCCCUCUAAUCCCGCCUGCGGCGGACGCUGCGCAGAAACCUGGUUCCCCCUUUUCCAACAUCCGGAGCCUCGUGCCCCCGCCCGCCGUGCCGAAACUCCCCAACGAACUGCCCUCCAUGUUGUCCGACGACGAGGAGGCCGGGGUUUACGAGGACGAUUUCGGCAGCGAUGAGGACCACGACGGUGGCCAGUUUUCCGAGGAGGAACACUUCAAGGAGCCGCCACUGCAGUCGUCGGAUUCUACUCUCGGCCUGAACUCGUACGGGUCGUCGGAUGUGGGCUCCGGGACAGUGUUUGGGAGUAAAAGAACGGUCCUGCUCAAUGAGGAAGAAGAGCAUGAUCCCUUCGCGGGGCCGGUGGGUGGGAAGAGCGUCAUGUUUCCGACUGGCGGAGGGGGUAGUACUGCUGGGGGUCGUGGUAGCAGUUCGUCCUCGAGAGGCACUACAGGUGCGCCGGGUAGGGGUAAGAACUUUGCCAACGCAGGCGGUGCAGCACUUCCUGCUUCCAGGUCCUUGUUGCAGAACAUCGAGGACACCGAGAGCGACGGGUCCUCCUCCGCGGGCAUCGAUAUCGACACGUCAUUGGAGAGCAUUGAGAACAUCAUUAAGGAGGCGAGGAAAAAGCGCGCCGGGGGUGGCGGCGGCGGGGAGAAGGAAGACGAGGAAGGGGUGACGCUACAGUAAGCAAAAGUUGCAGUUUGUGUAUUGAUGAAAUGAAACAGAAUGUCCAUAGUCGUGAUUGUUCACUUGUUGUGCUACUCAUGUAUCGAAAAAAUUUAGUGAGAAACCGCGAGAACUAGUACCGUGUUGUCAACACUCUCUUGUCCCUACUUUUUGUUUGCCCAAGAUUUAUUUCACCAUUUACCGCGUCCAUUAACUUGGAGUAAUGCUAUUCUUGAACUUGUUUAACCGCUUAUUCUCUUUGAAUUUGGUAAUAACCUUACAACAGACAAAAUUUUUUACGCGUUCGAGCGUCAGCUUACAAAAGAGCACAAGAAGAUGAAAUCUGUUUCAGACUUUCCGCGUUUCAAGGUCAAACUUUAUCGGUUUCUGUUAGAUGAGCUGGGUGGAAGAGAAUACAGCUGGCAUUGUACAAGUAGCACAGUUGUUGACGAAGAUUGAUCCAGAAGGCGUCGACCACGAACUCUUUAGACAACAGUGUUCGGAGAUAGACUGGAUCAGCA